AUGACGCUAAGGAGAACGAUAUACAGAUUGAAAAAGAGUUAUUACUGCAUGGGGGUUGCAACAUUUCUAGUAACUUUCGCAAUGCUGUUGGUUUGGAAAUGGCACAUUGAUAGUGAGAUUAUUGAAGAGUACAAUCAUUUCUACGCACGCAAUUCCCAAAUAUAUUCCGAUACAGGAUGUCAGUUUCCAAUCCUGAAUCCAUUUUCGGAAGUAGCGAUGAAAUAUGACAAGAAUAUGCCAAAAGUUGCCUGCGAUGGUGAAGACUGGGUCGAAUGCGAUAUGUCCGAAUGUCAAGUAACAAAACAUAUUCUUCACAAAUAUAAAAACAUCAAAUGCCACUAUAAAGACAUUAUAUACGUGAACGAACACAACUACGUCAUAGCUCCUGCGGUAACUAUUUAUGACGACAACAAGUAUUUCUUAAAUACGAGCGACUUUUUUAAAGUUUCUUGCUUUGGAUAUGAUAGACACGGUUUAGGUUUAUUAUCAAAGCGAUGGCACGGAUACAAAUCUGGAAUACGACCCAUAACAAAUCCUCCUUCACCGACUGGUAGAGAAAAGAGUCUUAAUAUUUUAAUACUGGGCUUUGAUUCAACUUCACGAUACGGAUUUAUUCGGAAAAUGCCAAAAAGCUACAAAUAUAUAACACAGGAAUUACAAGGAAUUGUUCUUACAGGGUACAACAUAGUAGGCGAUGGGACCCCAGACGCUCUCUUCCCAAUACUUUCCGGAAGAACGGAAUUACAGCAUCCGUACGCACGACAGAGAUUCUCCAAACACAUAUAUCUCGAUCCGGAUUUAUUUAUCUUCCACACUGCGAAGCAGGAUGGUUAUCAAACGGCGUACUAUGAAGAUAUGCCAUGGAUAGGAUCAUUUCAGUACCGUUACAAUGGGUUCCGUAGGCAACCAACUGACCAUUAUUUAAGGUCGUUUCUGAUGGAAGAAUCUAAAGAAGGUUCGAAAUGGUGGAACGGCAUCAAAUAUAGAUAUUGUAUUGGAGCGAAACCGCAGUAUCUGCUCUUGCUGAAUUUAACCGGGCAGUUCAUGAAUUUAAAAAGCAAACGUUUUUGCUUCACGUUCAUUGCUGAUAUAUCUCAUGACGAUUUUAAUCGCAUCUCAACGGCCGACGAAGACGUCGUUGAUUUUCUCCGUGAUUUGAAAGGAAGUAAAAAAUUGGAAGACACUUUGCUUAUCGUUAUGGGUGAUCAUGGACCUAGAUUUUCACCAAUGCGUGCAACGUAUCAAGGUAAAAUUGAAGAAAGGAUGGCGUUUAUGUCUAUUAUACUACCUGAAAGUCUAAAGAAACAGCGUCCAGAUGCACUAGACAAUCUAAAAUCUAACAGUGAUGUCCUAACGACACCAUUUGAUAUACACACGACAAUAUUAGAUGCGAUGGGUCUGAAAAGGCUGGCUAGUGAUUUUGUUGUACCCAACUCGAAGAUUUUGAGAGGGUUGAGUCUUUUAGAAACGAUACCCAAAACACGUACGUGUGAUGAAGCGGCGGUAUUGCCUCACUGGUGUGUCUGUCUCAACGCGAGAUGGUACAAUGUGGAUCGAAAAGAUCCUAUGUAUAAGAAAAUUGCUGAUUCUCUCACAGAAUACAUUAAUAAUGUUACUGAAGAAAUGCGUCAAGUAUGCGUUGAACGCAAAUUAAAAUUGAUAGAAUGGGUGACACGACGAGAGUCCAAAACACCAAAUGUGUACUACCAAGCUAUGAUUAUAAUGACUCCCGGUCGUGCAGCAUAUGAAGCUUCUUUGCAAUAUAAUGAAAAAGAGAACAAAUUUAUCAUUUCCGAUAAAGAUGUUUCUAGAAUUUCAGCAUACGGCGAUGAACCUGCAUGUGUGAGUAAAACACACCCACAUUUGAAUAAAUACUGUUAUUGUAAAAGCAAUAUGCACAAAUCGUUUGAUUUAUUUAAAUUUUCUUAAUAAUUAUUCGUAUCGAUGUUUAAGUUGAAAAUGUUUAAUAAAGUGAUUACAUUUUG